GGAGUACGGGAAGGGAGACGCAGGCCAGCCCGGCGCGGCACCCCGUAGGCGGCGGCGGCGGCGCGCACUCCAGCCGGCGGCGGGCACCAUGGCCCCGGGGAGCGGGGUGAAGAGCGAGUACAUGAAGCGCUACCGGGAGCCGCGCUGGGACGAGUACGGGCCGUGCUACCGCGAGCUGCUGCACUACCGCCUGGGCCGCCGGCUGCUGGAGCAGGCGCACGCGCCCUGGCUCUGGGACGACUGGGGCCCGGCCGGAGCCUCGGACGACUCGGCGUCGUCGGCGUCGUCGUCGGGCGCCGGGGGCCCCGCGCCCCAGGGCGCCCCCGCCUCACCGCCCGCGGAGCCCGCGGCGCGGGAGGGGCCGGAGCGGCGGGCGCGCGGGCCGGCUGAGGAGCGGGGCGCGGAGGCGGCGGAGGCCGAGGAGGCCCGGGACGCGGAGGGCGCGGACGAGGCGGCGGCGGCGGCGGCUCCGCCAGCCCCAUCCGUGAAAGAUAUCCAAGAAAAAUCUGAACAAGAUAUCAGAACAAAAGAGACUGAGAAGUUACCUAACAGUACUGAACCUCGACAGCAACCAAGUGCCUUAUUUGCCAGAGGAAAUAGGAAAGCAGUCAAAAGUCCUCAAAGGUCAUCGAGUAAAAUAAAAGAGAACAAGCAUCCAUUUGCCCUUUACGGGUGGGGAGAAAAGCAGACGGAUACAGGAAGCCAGAAAACUCACAAUGUCUGUGCGUCCGCUCCGGUCCACGAGAUUCAUGAGUCAGCAUUACGAGCCAAGAACAGAAGACAGGUGGAAAAACGGAAACUGGUCACUCAGAGGCAGCGUGCCCACUCCGUGGAGGUGGAGAAGAACCGGAGGAUAAAGCCUCCGCCCUCGGAGAACCCGUGGGUGACGGAGUACAUGCGAUGCUACUCGGCACGGGCCUGAAGGCAGGAACGGCUGCUGGGACAGCCUCUUUGAAGAAGUGUCAGCGGAAGAAAGAAGCAGCAGAAGAAAAGAAAAAACGUCAGAGGAAAACAGACACAGGUUUAAGAAACCAGCGAUGACCCGGCGUUUGCCGUAGGGAAUUACCCGAAGACUGCUCUGUUUCGCUGCAUCCUGGUCACCUACCUCAGCAGUAGGGCGACAGUUGAAGCCAUAGACAUUUGGGUAUUUCUGAAGCUAAUUCCCUAAAUAUUUGCUAUUCUUACAAG